UCUCGCCGACGUUCCGUGGGCUGCUGAACUGGUCAAACAGCCAUGGAGCUUUCAGGCGUUCUUCUUGGUGCCGCCGCCCUGGUACACCUUCCUACGGUAUUGGCAUUCAGCCUGCCCUUGUCACCGCCUGGCCGAGACUGGAACGACUACACAGAGCAGCAUGUGGGGAAGUGGCGCGGCUUGUGGACCACAUAUAAUUCUGCUGGCGUGGAACGUGGAGAUCCUGACCGCAUGGACACCACGAUCUCGCUGUCGGUCGAUGGGAAAACCGUAGCACAUGUCAACACGCUGUUCGUGGGUUCGGUGGGGUCAGACUGUUCCACAUGCCACGACAGUGUGGAAACCCGAGAUAUUCCAGCCGGGCAGUAUACGACGGAGACGUUUCGGCACCGAGCUUCUUCCGGCUGCUAUUUGUUCGGACCGGGUGUCACAAGAGGAGGGGACAUGACGACUGAGUUGGGGUUCAGGUUGGACGAGGACCGGCGGGGGAGGGGACUCGUUUCUCACCGACCACAGGCCAACGGGGUCGAACCACCCCUACAGCUCGCGCUGCAGCGAAUAGUCGUAGUUCGAGAAACUCUUGCAGCACAACGGCAGACUCCGCCUUCUACUUCUUCAUGCUGGUCUAUUGAUCGACCGAGCUGGCUUGGCCUUUGGCGUGGCCACGAGAUGGUCCUCGAUGACGGUGGUGGCGGUGCGGACGGUGGUUUGUCGUGGAAAGAGAAAGCGCUGCCUCCGACACAUCUGCGUAGGUGCCGCUGCUCAGGUGCGGCAAGUGAAGACGAUGACUCGCAUGCCUCUUUGGAGCUGGAUGGUGGAAUUCUCCUCGAGGCGCCGAAAAUAGUGGAUGCGGGGAAGCCGGCGGAGUUGUCAGUACGUUGCGCGAUUGGCCGAAAGAGCAACGCGGCAACACCGAACCGUAUUGUACAAGCAAACGUGCGGUUGGAAGCCCUUGGCAGAGUUGUUGACACCGUACGGUCGGCAGAGGGACAAAAUGUACGUAUCGCUCCCCCCAAGCUCCUUCAACUUUCUGUUCAUAGCUUGACACCGGUAGAGUCUGCAGGGCUUUAAUGAUCAAUAUUUUCACCGAAGCUGCCUGGUCUAGAAUGAGUGGCUGGGCGGUGCCGCAAGCCAUACCCUGAAAUUUGUUUUGCGUCACACGUCGUGCACACAGGUGUUGUUUAGGACGCCAAGGGUCGACUGGAAAAUGUUUCGCUGCUUCCUUGCCGCUUAGAACUAACUCAACGUUGACCACCUCCCUCGCCACGACGAGGUAGUAGUAUGCGAGUGAUGUCUUUUUGUCGUCGUAGGGUGAAGGAAGCCGCGUUAAGCAAGCAGAGGGUACGUAAGCGUAGGAAUGGUCGAGGUGGCGGAACAGAUUAGGCAGGUGGCUUGAAUAGCAACUUGUAGGCAAUAUUCUGUAGGGUCAACCAAGGCGCGAAAACCCACGCAUCAGGUUGCGAAUGCCCAAUACACUCAACCAACUGUGAAGCACGAUUGCGAAGCGGCGUAAGAAACCACGAACACAACCAAGCGCUUGAGUUAUUAAUACUUCGUGUACCUGUCAAUGAAAGCUGGCAGUCGAAAUGGUAAAUCCCCCGCAGGCCACUUACGUUGUUCAUUAUUCCUGCCACCAAACCAAGGCCUCUGUCGGACUUGUUUCGCUGCACCAUCUUUCGCGAGUGGAUGUGUGUGUGUCUGUGCGUUGGUGUUGUGCUCGUGGUUACAUGAUUCUGUUGCUGCCGUACAAACGACAUGUUGGUGUGUCUGCUGUUCAUGGUUCAAGAUGACCCAUACAUC